ACCAAGCCAUACACCAGAGGCAUACGCUUCGGAUCACACUUUGCAGGAUGAAGAUACAUUCUAUAUUGAUUAUUGUGGCUAUGACAACGCUGGUCUCGGAUGUCAGCGCCAAUGAAGAUGAUCGCGCACGAGAUUAUUUGGCAGGUUUGAACGGCUAUAACAAAAGGGCGGAACACAUGAAUCACCUGUACUACCUCAAGUACUGGGCCUACGAUACUAACCUCACUGAAUACAACUCCCAACAAUUGACGGAAAUGAAAGUGCAGCGUUCCGAUUUCAACAAAAAAGAAGCCUCAGAAGCAGCGAAGUUCAACAUUAGCGAAAUGACCAAUGCCAGUUUAAUACGUAUGAUACACAAGAUUCUAGAUGUUGGAUAUUCUGGUUAUCACGACAGUGACGUUCUACGCAAGAUAGCGGAAAUUGAAGCGGAAAUGCUCAACAUCUACAGUACCGCGAAAUGGUGCAAGACUUCCACUGCAUGUCACCAGCUCGAGCCGGAUUUGAUCGAGAUCUUCACGAACAGCCGGAACUACGACGAACUGCGUGACGCCUGGAAAGGUUGGCGUGACGUCAGCGGAAAGAUGAUGCGCAGCAAGUACCAGGAAAUGGUCACGCUUAUGAAUAUGGCUAUCAAGGCGGGAGGAAAGUACGCUGAUAUGGGCGCAUACUAUCGUUCGAUGUACGAGGACCCCGAGUUCGAGAAUGACGUCCGUAAACUGUUUGAUCAGUUAGCACCAUUGUAUGACGAGUUGCACGCAUUCGUCCGCCGCAAGCUGAGAACGCAUUAUGGCACAAAGCACUUCCCUUCAUCCGGCCACAUUCCAGCUCAUCUGUUUGGGGACAUGUGGGCACAGAGCUGGUCCAACCUUUACGAUCUGUUGGAGCCAUACCCAGGGAAAGGAAGUCACAACCUCACAAAGGCAAUGAUUGAACAGAACUACAAUGUGACCCACAUGUUCAGGGUGGCGGAAGACUUCUUCGUUUCUCUCGGAAUGAAGCCAAUGCCUGGCUCGUUCUGGACUAAUUCUCAGCUGGUCAAACCUGAAGACCGAGAAGUGGUCUGCGGCGGAGAGGCCGUGGAUAUGUUCAACGGAACUGACUUCAGGAUCAGAAUGUGCACGACCGUGACUGAGGCCGAUCUGAAAACCAUUCAUCACGAGAUGGGUCACAUUCAGUACUACCUCGAGUACAACCAUCAGCCGUUUCUCUUCCGCAACAUCCCGAACCAGGGGUUCGACGAAGCUGUGGCCGAUAUCGUCACUCUGUCUUUCUUGACUCCGGAGCAUCUCCAGUUGAUGGGCCUAAUACAGGAGCUUCCAAACGGCACUGAGGGUGACAUCAACUUAUUGAUGCAGAUGGCGCUUGAAAGUGUGGCUUUCUUGCCGUGGGGCUACCUCGUCGACCAAUGGCGCUGGAGCGUGUUCCGGGGUGAGACGUCGCCUAGCAACUACAACAAGGCAUGGUGGGAUCUCAGAUGUAAAUACCAGGGAAUUUCGCCACCAGUUGCUCGGUCUGAGCAGGAUUUCGACCCGGGGGCAAAGGCCCACAUCGCCGAUAACACGCAAUAUAUGGGUUACUUCGUGAGUUCCUUGCUACAGUUCCAGUUUCACCACGCGCUCUGUCAGUUGAUGAACAACACGCGCCCCCUCCACCGGUGCGACAUCUACAAUAGCAAGACUGCGGGUGACAGACUCAAGUCCGUGCUACAGAUGGGGGCCUCUGAAAACUGGGGAGAGGCGCUGUUCAAGCUGACGAAGGGGACGAUUGGAGAGACCAGGAAGCUCAGUGCGGCACCUAUUGUUGCGUACUUUGAGCCGCUCCGGAUUUGGUUAAAAGAAGAAAACAGAAAAGCAAACGAGACAGCGACUUGGGACAAGAACAGCUGCCCACCCAGUUCCUUUGUGACGGUUCUCAGCGGCGCUCCCUCCCUUGCAGCCAGUGGUUUCUUUACCAAUUUGCUCCUGGCUAGCAUCGUUUUAUCUUUGGCGACGAUACUGUGACUAUAAUAUGCGUUCGUUAAAAUGCUGAGCCAGGUUAAGUGCUCUACGAUCUGACUGAACUCCGUGCUUUGAUUCUCUUUGAAUGUCUGCCUAACACUGAAUAUUGAAUACUAAGGAAACUGAAUGGUAAUUAUGGGCCUUUAAUUAAUUAAAUCACUGGCUAUAUUGUAUUGUCUAAUGAAGUUAAAUCAGAUAAUCAGAAUCUAAUUAUAAAAAAUAAAAAAUCUACGAUACAUCCCCGUGUUUCCCUUUUAUGCUUUAGUUGACUGAUGGAAUAGCGAGACAAAUAAAAUAACAAUGAACUCGU